AUGUGUGACGAGGAAAUUCGGAGGAGAUAUCGCUUCAGUAAAGAAUCCAUAAAGCAAAUUGUGGAUAUGAUUGACCCAAUCAUCGGCCCUAAAACGAAGAGAUCACAAGCUCUCUCUACAGAGUUACAGCUCCUCAUUUCUUUGCGAUAUUACGCUAGUGGGAGUUUUCUUGAAGUCGUCGGAGACACAGUAGGAGUGGACAAGACUACUGUCUCCAGGGUAGUCCGUAAGGUGUCCCAAGCCUUAAGUUCCUUGGCUCCCCGUUUUAUCAAAUGGCCAGCUGAUGACGAACUUCCCAUCAUCAAAAGCGAAUUCUUCAAACUAGCUGGCUUUCCUGGUGUUAUAGGGUGCAUAGAUGGCACCCACGUACGAAUUCAAGCGCCAUCUCAAAAUGAACCAGCAUUUGUAAACAGAAAAGGCUUCCACUCAAUAAAUGUACAAGCCAUUUGUGAUUAUACAGGCAGAUUCACCAACAUUGUUGCUAGAUGGCCCGGAAGUACACAUGACAGUCAUGUAUUUCGUAUGUCAGGCAUUCGACAAACAAUUGAGGAGAAGUUUCACUCGAUUAACGACGGGGUUGUUCUUGGUGACAGCGGCUACGCGUGUAAACCUUACCUAAUGACUCCGUAUCUAAGACCAUCGACUCCGGCCCAUGAACGGUUUAACUCGGCCCACUCCAGAACCAGGGUGACUAUAGAACGUGCCUUUGGUUGGUGGAAGACACGGUUUCACGUUCUCCAUGCUGAAAUUCGGAUGACACCGGAGAGAGUCUGUACAGUCAUAGGAGCGUGCGCAGUACUUCAUAACCUGGCUAUUCUAUUUCGGGAACCAGUUGUAGAUGACGGCCAAGACGUGGACAUCGAUGGGAAUAUCCAAGGACAGUACAAUGGACCCGAAGAUGGGAAGAACAUCAGAAAUUAUAUCACAUUGCAUUAUUUUUAAGAAACCACAUUUUCCCUUUUUGCUGUAGAUGGGUGUGUGAAGUUUGAAUGUUACCCAAAGUUAUUCCGAUUUGUUCGUAUAUUGUAUGGGUAUUCAUAUAAUUUAUAAAUAUCGAAAUUGUGUCAAUAUGCGGGUUACAUCGAUCGGUAAAAUUAUAUGGAGCACAGCAGUUAGCAGAUCUAAGUUCUAAUUUAUGAAAUUAAAUGUCAGAAUAAUCUUUUAC